UCUUCUUCCACCUUCAAGCUUCUGCCUGCUAGCAACGUCGUUCUGUACAACACAACACCGAACAACGAUUUAGGCUAGCCGUCAACAAAUAGCGCUUGCCGACCGAGAUACUCGACGAGAACAGUGACGAGUCUGGCAGUUCAUUCUUCAAGAUGCCUACCGCAACAGAGCGCAUCAAUGCCCUGAACCCCUUCUCCAAGAAGGAGGCUCACAGCGUCAGGUCCAUCACGACGUAUAAGGUUUUGACCAUUUUGAGCUGGCUCCUGUCCCUCGUCGUCACCCUCUACUAUACCUUCAACGAGCCCCGCGAUGGCUUCACGAUUCGGAGAAGAAUCUGGGAUCAGAACUACCUGUACCCGACUGCCUUUACACUGAACUCGGUCAUUGUCGACAUUUACUGGAUCAUUCUCUUCAUUCUGCAAGUCGGCUACGUCGCCCACCUCUUCUCGAGCAAUAGCGAUUAUGUCAAUGCCGCCGCCAGUGUUGGAUCUCACUUCAUAUUCAACAACCUGCUGCACUUCGCAUUCGUCAUGCUCUUUGUCCGCUCCCAUUUUGUUUGGGCCGAACUCAUUCUGCUCAUCAACUUCGCUAACUUGUCGUCGCUGUAUUUCCGCCACAACACCUACCCGCGCUUCAUCCACUGGCCCGUUAUUUCUGCUCCUCUGGCGUGGACGUUCGUGGCCAUCUACUGGAACGGUGCCAUCAUGGUCCCUCACCCGCAUAGCCUGGUUGCCCGCAUCUUUGGAAACAUCUUCAUCUGGUCCAUCCUAGUCUACGGCGGUUUCUUCAUCGUAGCAUACAAGGAUUACACCAUUGGAUUCUCCCUCAGCGCUCUGGCUGCCGCCAUCGGUGUUGCCCAGUUCCACCGCCAGGUCAUUGCCUUCCAGUGGAUCUUUGCCUUUACCAUCAUGGCCGUUCUGUUCGUCUCGACGCUCGUCACUGCCUACCCGGCUGCAACCGGCAAGGACUACCCUUGGCGAAGCCGCUCUUCCGCUCCUGCUGACGCGGAGCGCGCCCCUCUUCUCGCCGAUGACCAGUAAAUGCUCCCAGCCUCACUUACUCUGACAGCGCAACAUGGUAGCCUGCAGAAUUGAGUGGACCUUACUCGAUUGAAGCACCCAUCGAGCUAAGACCGGAGACAGGUGACGGAGCAGAGAGAGGGUUGACCAGAUGCCCAAGUCAGAAUUACGGGACCAAGAAGUGUUGUACCGAGAUAUUCCUACGACAACUGACUUGUAUGGUGUCAUGUACAUAGCAUUACGCAUGCACAGAGUUGGUGUGGAAUGUAAUUCCUCUUUGUUGUCAUUUGGGUUGGGAGGUGGUGUAGGGAUGCGAAGGAAUGACGUAGCGGCCGUCUCGUCUUAUC